AUGAGUUUCGCAAAGGCCUUCUCACCGGCUCUCCGAGAGAUUCGCAUUUUGUGCUCACAGACUGGUCAGGCAUCUGCGGGAACCAGGCAAUUCAUCGUGUCGAAAUAUCCAAUCAUUAAGCAACACAACCCAGAUCUUCCUGUAUUGGUUAGAGAGGCUUCCGGAACACCUGCCAGGGUCUUUGUGAGGUUUGAGCGUGGUGUUGAGAAACAUGUUGAACUAGACAACCUUUCAGCUGCAGAAGUAGAGACCAAAGUCGGUCAACUGCUGAGCUCAUAA